AUGACUACGUGGAGGCGCACGUGCUGGAUGCAGUUCCCCCCCUUCCCUCCCCUCUCCAACCUCUCCCCCUUCCCCCCGUCUCACCACUUCCCCCCCUUCCCUCCCCUCUCCAACCUCUCCCCUUUCCCGCGUUCUCUGAAUUUAACUGUCUCAUCCCGCCGCCAUGCUGCGCGCGCCUCGCGCACGACGCGCUCCUCGCGCAUCACCACAUUCACGCGACUCGCUCCCCGCUCCCAUCCAACUCACGCCACCCUCCCCCCGUUCCUCCUUCCCCCUCCUUCCGCCUCCUCCACCCCGCUCCUCGCCCCUCGUCCCUUCUCCUCACCUCCUCGUCUCCUUUCGCUGCGCAUGGCGAUGAGCGACGGCACGGAGCUCGAGGUGCGCCACGUGCACGCGACCGCGGGCCGCCUGCUGUACCCGCACGCUACGCCCGCCAUCUUCCUCAAGAUUGCCAACGCGCCCGACCUCGUGCUGCCCAUCGUUGUUGGCGAGCUGGCCAUCGGGCUUCUCAUGAAGGCGUUUCGCCGCGAACACGCCGCGCGCCCCAACCACUACGACGUGAUGACGGAGAUGGUGCAAGCGCUGCGAUACGAGGUGCGCGCGGUGAAGAUAACGCAGCGCGUAAUGGACACGUACUACGCGCGCGUCUACCUUGCCGCUCCCGACUCCCCAACGUGCGUCGCGAGCGUGGACGCGCGGCCGUCAGACGCCAUCAAUCUGGCGGUGCGCGCGCAGGUGCCCAUACUCGUCAGCCGCGCCAUCGUCCUCAGUGACGCCGUUAGGGUGGUCCCCGCGGGCGCGGAGGGGGGCGCGGAGGGGGGAGUGGAAGGGGGAGCGGAGGGCGGGAGGGAAUUGGGGAGGGAAGGCGCGGGCGGAAGGGGGAAGCGUGAGUUUGGGGGGUUUGCGCAACAGCUGGGUUUUCCGCAUCACCAGCAGCAGCAGCAACAGCAGCAGCAGCAGCAGCAGCAGCAGCAGCAGCAGCAGCAGCAGCAGCAGCAGCAGCAGCAGCAGCAGCAGCAGCAGCAGCAGCAGCAGCAUCAGCAGCAACAGCAGCAGCACAACCACCAGCACCACCAGCAAGACUUCUUUGAUGCGUUGCACCAGCAGCAGCAGCAGCAACACCAGCAUCAGCAGCAGCCGUUUCUGCAGAGUGGGCAUGUGGGCGAGCGGAGUAGCAUGGAAAGGGCGCCGGGGGCAGCAGGGGACGUGAUCGCGGAGGAGAUGGCGCUGAUGACGGCCAUGCAUGCUGCUGCCAACGAGGAGAGAUACGCCGAUGCUGCUCGCCUCAGGGACCAGCUCCAGCUGCUGCGCAUUCGCAACCACAGGCAGCUGCACAACAGAUUCUGA